UGCAACCUUUUACCCAGAUAGCAAAGUUAGCAUACAUAUGUUCGGGACCUUUCACCUAUAUAGGUGGUGAUAAGAGAAAGCAUAAAGUCCAUAUAUGGAUGCGACCUUUAACAUAGAUAGAUAAAGGAUACGUAGAGGUAGGUUGGCAUGGGGGGCUUCCUAAAUUCAUACCCUCUGUAAAUUUAACAGGAACACCACAAGGAAAGAACCAAAAUAGCUGGGUUGGACAGAAAUAACAAAUGUGAGAAUGAUCUAAUGUCAUUAAUAUGUAUGUAUAUGUCAUCAAUAUGUACAAACAUACCAGCCCAUGGUAGCCUAACAUUUUGUGGUUGAGGAAACUAAGUUUGGACAUAGAAGGAGGGCCUGAGUGCUCAAGAUCUAUAAGAGCGGUGACCCACCAUGCCAAGGAAGCUUCUAAGGUUCUAAGCUUCAGGGUUUAUAAGCUUCAAGUUUCAAGCCUUCUUUGUUUAUUAGUCCAUUAGUCUGUUAGUUCUUAACUGUAAGUUUUAGGUCAGUUAGUUAAGUAAAACUCUAAGUUAGCUUCAAUAGCUUUUAGCUCUUUAGCUUCUCCUAAGCUCUUCACCUCCCAUGCAAGAAUUGAGGAAUCUGGACCAGAAGUCUCUUGGCAUGCCAGAGGCGAGGCUGGUUCUUUGUCUCUUACAACCAGGUUAUCAAGGAAGAGUGAUUUGCUUAGAGAGCUGCAUGAAUUCCUGGAGUACGAUAAAGAAAAAGAGGACAGAUUUUGUUGUGAAAUAGCUGACCCCCCAUGUAAGAGAAUCAGACUUGAGAACAUGGGAGAAGGGGCUGAGGAUUUGAAUCAAAAUGGGGCCCUCCAGCAGACCCCUGUGGCAGAUGAUAUAAAUGUUGCUAUGGAGAACUCUACUCCGAAGGUUUGCAGUGUGUGCUUGGGAAUUCUUCAGGAGUUCUGCGAGAUAGAUUUUGUUAAGAAGGUGUGCCAAAAGGUUAAUUCUGCUGAGUACCAGUUUACUAGCUUUGUAUUUUCCGUGUCACUCCCACCACAGUUGUCUGUUAGAGAGCAUGCUGCCUGGCUGCUGGUAAAAGAGGAAAUGGGAAAACAGGGCCUGUCACUGGCAAAAGAGGACAUUGUUCAGCUGAAAGAAACUUACAAAUGGAUUAUUCAUCCCCUAUUCUCAGAGGAGCUGGGUGUUCCUGCCAAUGGAAAGAGCUUGUUUGAAGUGAGUGUGGUCUUUUCUCACCCGGAAACUGAUGAGGAUUGCCAUUUCCUAGCCAGAGUAUGUCCAAACUGUUUCAAGCCAGCAAAGAAUAAACAGUCUGUUUUCACAAGAAUGGCAAUUAUAAAGGCUUUGGAUAAGAUAAAAGAAGAGGAUUUCCGUGAGCAUUUUCCAUGUCCCCCAAGUUCACCAAAGAGUAUCUGUGCUGCUCUGGAAAUUCAGUGCACUAAUGGUGCAAUUUUUGUGGCUGGAAGGUACAACAAAUAUUCAAGGAAUUUACCACAAACUCCCUGGAUUAUAGAUGGAGAGCGAAAGCUGGAGUCUUCAGUGGAAGAGCUGAUUUCAGAGCACCUAAUGACAACGUUUAAAGCAGAUAGUUUUAAUUUUUCAUCCUCGGGAAGAGAAGAUGUGGAUGUGAGAACGCUAGGCAGUGGAAGGCCCUUUGCAAUUGAGCUUGUGAAUCCUCAUAGAAUACAUUUUACUGCCAUGGAAAUGAAGGAACUUCAGCAGAAAAUUAACUCUUCAGACAAAAUAAAAGUUCGAGAUUUACAGCUUGUCACCAGAGAGGCCAUUGGACAUAUGAAAGAAGGAGAGGAGGAAAAGACAAAGACCUACAGUGCCUUAAUAUGGACAGAUAAAGCAAUAGAGAAGGAAGAUAUUGCACUUCUAGAUGAUAUGAAGGAAUUAAAGAUUGAUCAAAAAACACCUCUGCGGGUUCUUCACAGAAGGCCUUUAGCUGUAAGAUCUCGUGUCAUUCAUACCAUGAAAUCCGAGUACAUAGAUGACCAUCACUUUCGCCUGCAUCUGAAAACUCAGGCAGGGACUUACAUUAAAGAAUUUGUACACGGCGAUUUUGGAAGAACAAAACCCAAUAUUGGCUUCCUACUUAAGAGAACUGCUGACAUUCUGGAGCUGGAUGUAGAGUCUGUUGAUGUUGAUUGGCCUCCAACCCUGAAUGAUUAGAGUCUUUCAAGCUGGGAAGAAGAAGAGUGACUUGACUCUCUUAUCAGGAGCUGACAACAAAUUGAACUGUGUACCAUAUGAUAACUUGUUUAUCCCCUGCAAAAUAUUUCUGUUGAACAUUUGGAUCAUGUUGAUCUGUCAGGUUUUUUUAAUUGGCUUAAAAACUCAGGAUCAGUUGAUGCUUGUUCAAUUAAUUUGCAGCCUUAUUGUAAAUAAAUUACCAUCCCAUGUAAAGGGGUCUCUGACAGGCUGAUGUAUUAAUAGUAGUAAAUGGUUUCUUUUAAAAAAAAUAUUUAGAGAGAUGUCCAAACCCUGAUCUUUGCAAGAUAUACCAAAUAUGCUUUCCUGAAUACUGUUUGAAACCCUUUGAUUGAAAAGAGAAGUUCCCCUCCAUGAAACCACACAUACCAUAUAUCUAAUUUUGUUCCUAACCAGAAAAAAAAUGUAGACACAUUUGUAUCAGAUACCAUAAGCAUAAUCUUAUCUAGAUGUUUGUACCACUUCCCAGAUCAGCAGUCUAAUAGCCUGAUCCUAAGUACAACAAAGACUAUUCAUAUAAAGAAUUUGUUCUAGUCUGAUCCUGACAAUUCUCAGUUAAUAUGGAAUUCUGAAAUCAGUGGGACUGCUCCUGGAGUGAGGUACUGCUCAGCAUGAGUAGGGGCAGCAGAAUCUGGCCUACAAUAUUUGCCCCAUGUAUAUGUACUAGUGCUGGUUGGAUUUUGACUAUUGUAGGGGGAGGGGGUGACUAUACCCAAAAAUUCAGUUCAGAAAUUCAGGAGGUGCCUCAUGGGAGUUGUAGGUCAGGUACCUCAUACUCCUAUUCUCUUCUGUAGGCCAGGGCCCUGACCAGCCUACAUCACCCAUGUCUCCCCUCUUGCUGAGCCCCCAUAUGCAGCAUGAGAUGUAGUCUGGCUGGGGAAGCCACAACAUGAAGGAGAGUGGGGACAUGAGGUGCCUGAACUACAACUCUUUGAGGUACCAUAGUGGCAGUACUGAAUUGAAAUAUUUGGGGUUUUAGCUGACAAACAUGUUGAGGUUUUUCUUGACAUAAGCUGAAAAUUCCCACAGAAAGUAGCCAGUUUUUUCUGAAAAAUUUCAUCUAGUUGAAAACUCCAUUUUCCAUCAGAAAAACAGUUUUAAUUGAUUUUUUUUUUUUAUCAGCCCUAGGCUAUACUUACUAUGUUCAUUGAUUAAUUUUAUUAUGCUACUUCUUUAGCAUAAUACUGGCAGGUCCAAGUUCCUCUGCAAAAGAGCCGUAAAAGUAGCCAUCUGUUUGUGUUACAUUUUGCGUGGCAGGAUAAAGAGUUGCAGGUUUACACCACAUCCCACUUCCUAUACAAAAAGUGCAAGACAGAUAAAAAGUUCUAAGUCAUGAUAGAAUUUUAGCAUGAAGUAUAGAAAAGGUUUAAUCUACAGAAAGACAGCUAAUUCACUACCCCUAUGGCUCUACCUGCAGUAGAAAUGGUGAAGCUGUAGUGUAUGUGGUUUUCUGGCAUUUUUAUGUCAGCAAAAACAUGUGUGUCCGGUCUGGGCUACCAGUGGUGAAUCACAAGGCCCAGAUUUGCCACUGUAGCUGAAGCUAGAAGCAUAUGAAAACUUGUGUGUAAAUUAAUGAGCCCCCACUUUAAUAUGCGAGUGUGAAAUGGCCUCACAAGUUGUAACCCAAAUCACAAAUUAAGAGGAUUGCCUUACAACACAUCUUGCUAUAUUUGAUGAAAUCAAGAUUGAGUGAGUGCAUCAUAGAGCUGUUUCUACUCCUAUGAAGCACAAAAAAAAAAAGAUGAACACAGAUUCAGGAAGAAAUUAAGGGGAUUUGGAAUUAUUAAAGAGGCUUUUUCUUAAAAUGUUUCAGAAAUAUGACAGGUAUUCUGCAAGACACAUUGCUAUUUUUUUAUGUGGUGGGGGUGGGGGGAGGAACCGUUGGGUGGACUGUGCCCACUUUCCGUCAGGAAAGACUCAUUAAAUUAGUUCCUCUUCUCCACUAUCUACAACAUGUAAACAUAGAUGCAGGAGUUUAAAAGUACAUUUCUGUUUCUUUCUAGAAUCAAGAGCAUAAUUUAGGCUACAGAUUUUGUUUCUAAUAUAAAAGUAACUAUGAGCAAACGCUUCCAGCAGUAGUUGUCUUUGUAACUGUUCACAUAAAUGAUCAUCUAACACUAAGAAAGGAGACAAUGUGAAUGAUGGAAAACAUAAGAAAUUGAAUGCGCAAAAGAGAAACCCAGUGUAAUUGUCUUGAUUUCUUGAAAGAACCUAUUGAUAAUGAUUUCUAAAUUCCAAAAUCUAUAGGGAAAAAUUAGCAGGAAUAGACAUAGCAGAUAUCACACAACAGCCCCUCCUAUCUGUUACAAAGCUAACAAGGCAAAACAAAAACAAACAAAAAAGAGAGCACACUGCUAGUGCUGUCUUAGUACA